GAACUUGAACCACAUCCUCAUAGGUCUCCUGUCUUCAAUCAAAAACCAAAAAUGACGGUUUUUAUGCCUCUGGAGGCUGAUUCUUCCCCCCCAACUUCCCCGCCGUUUUUGGUGCACUCUGCAGACCCAUCUACACAGGUGCGGAGGGUUGUGAAGGCCAUCAUGAAAGCAAAGCGUUUGGUAGUAGUGUGUGGUGCUGGUAUUUCUGUGAAAGCUGGAAUUCCUGACUUUAGAUCACCCGAUGGCCUUUUCCAGACUUUAAAACGUGAUAACCCAAAGGAAUCCCUUACUUCUGGAAAAGAUCUAUUCGAUGCAUCGGUAUUCAAUUCCGAAAACACUACCUCGCUAUUCUGUCAAAUGAUAGCACAAUUAUCAGAGCUAUCUCAAUCUGCUACGCCCACUUCGUUCCACCGCCUUCUUCGCACCCUCGAUGAUCGUGGCGGACUCCUUAGGGUAUACACUCAGAACAUUGAUGCCAUUGAGUCGAAAUCCGGUCUCACAUUUGGCGUUCCCGAAUUUGAGGACAAGCGCUAUAAGCCCCGUUCUAAAUCAAAACCAGGUCCUUCUCCCGAGGACUUAAUCGCAUCCUCGAGUACAAUGUCGCCUCACGCGAACCAGUCGUCGCAGUCCAGUUGCUCGUCCUCUUCUACAGAAACACCUCGAUGUAUUCCAUUACAUGGCACGCUUCAAACCCUGCAUUGUCAAACAUGCACCCAUUCAUUCCCAUUGGAACAGUAUCUCCCAUCACUCAUAUCGGGUGCGCCGCCCUAUUGCCCCGAAUGUACACGGAUGGAAGAAACGCGUCAGCUCGUCGGUAAACGCCCUCGAGGUGUGGGAAAAUUGCGUCCCAGCGUAGUGCUUUACAACGAGAUGCAUAAGGAUGGAGAGGAUGUAGGAGAAGUGGUGAGGAGAGACCUUGUGGGUGGCGCAAAGGGGAAAGGUAGAAGUGGCGCGGAUGUAUUGUUGGUGGUGGGUACGAGUUUGAGGGUACCUGGUACGAAACGGAUUGUUCGUGAGUUUGCAAAGGCGGUGAAGGCGAGGGGGACGGCGGCGGCGAAGGAUGCUUGCGCUCAAGUCUCUAUGGAACCUACGACACCCAUACCUUCUCCACGUCGAUCUCCAGAAUCCUUGACGACCGAAGAGCGGCCCAUCAAAUCGAUUUAUCUCAACCUAGAUUUCCCGGUUCCGACGAGGGAGUGGGAAGGAGUGUUUGAUGCUUGGGUGCAAGGAGACGCACAGGAUUUUGCGAGCAUACUGGAUGAUGAGAUCGAGAAAGAGGCUGCGGCGAAAGAAGCGGCGAUCGAGAGGAAGAGGAAGAGAGAGGAAAAUGCAGCUUUGGCUAUAGAGAGAGGGGUCGAGGACGCUACGAGCACACCGAAAAGUGGGAAGAAGCGGAAGAUCAGCGCGGCCGCGUCAGAAAAAGGCCCGACUAAACGAAAAGGUGCAUUUACGCCUACAGCCAAGGGACGGGCUCGUACACCGGUCAGCGCAGGUCGGGGCAAUAAGACUCCUGUUAAGAAGAAUUCGACAGUAGCUAGGCAGGCUCAAUCAGAGAACUCCAAGAUCAUGCUACGAAUUCCUGCACGCCCAAAGCUAUUUUCGGUCAAGACUCUUCCUGUACCUGAAGUGUACAUUACGACAACCGUACCUCAAAGUUUGAAGAGAGGGAAGACGAAUUCACCGUUCACUCCCCCACAGUCCAUCCGGUCCCAGCGGAACACGAAGAUCAAAUCAGCUAGACCGAGUGCGCAGGAGCAACGGCCUCAUUAUCCUCCUUCAGAUGAAAGCGAGAACGCUCGCUAUACUGAAAGUGUUCUUUCUGAUAGUGAAUCUGAAGAUGAGGAACCUGACGAACUACCUUCUGCACUGGUACGGACAGUUCAGUAUGGUCUUCGGCAUGCCUCUAGAGGAUGAUAUUUGCGGACCAGUGUACACUCUAUUAUUAUUUUAUAUACCACAGCCUACUGUUUUGAAUAUACUGUACAUGUACAAUAAC